AUGGCCAAUAAACCCGGGAAGCAAGAAGAUUGCGAGACAUAUGUUAAUCGCUCUAGUAACUGGAAAAACAUGUUAAGAAGUGAUCAAAAUUCAACAGUUCAAGGAUUUGAUACCGGCUUCAAUGGAUUUCUCCAGCCCAAGUACGAGAAUGGAAGCUGGGGCGAACGGGAUCCAGCAAUGAGCUCACCGACAAGUUCUCCUAACAGCUGUUUGUUCAAUGAUGCCAUAUACUUCACUGAUCGACUUUCAUUUCUACAUUUCUCCAAUCUCGUAAAUAUCGGAGACCAUCAAGCAUUUCCGCCUGUCUACCAAUUUCACUACACUGGGCGUCCUGGUUUGUCAACCCAGCGGGCUCGCGCGCAUAUAGACACGUCAUUCAAUGGCACUAUUUCGGGAAUACCAGGAGAUGAAGAUUCAGGGGCAAUGGGUUCUUUUGUCGUCUUCACGAUGCUCAGUAUCUGGCCGGUACUGGGAGAAGAUGUCUACCUUCUCAGCCCGCCUGCCUUCAGUGACAAUUGGAUUUCUCAUGACUUUUUCACCGAGGGUAGUGUUUUGGAAUUCACUUGA